GGGUGCAGAAGCAAGAGCAUCAGGUGCAAAGGUGGCAUCUGCCGCGUGUCCAUCCGCAUGUGUCUGAGUGGGUCUGUCCAUAGCCGGUCCGAGUGUCUUUGCGAGCAUGGCACGCAGGCAGGUUGGCCGGCUGACAGCUUCAAGUGGGACCAGAAGACAUUCCCAACUCAGGGAGACGGAGCUGUUGCUCACUUGCUGUACAAAAUGAUAUUCCUCACGGCACUGCCUCUGUUUUGGAUCAUGAUUUCAGCCUCUCGCGGGGGUCACUGGGGGGCCUGGAUGCCCUCGUCCAUCUCGGCCUUCGAGGGCACGUGUGUCUCCAUCCCCUGCCGCUUCGACUUCCCCGACGAGCUGCGGCCGGCCGUUGUGCACGGCGUCUGGUACUUCAAUAGCCCCUACCCGAAAAACUACCCGCCGGUGGUCUUCAAGUCACGCACCCAAGUCGUCCACGAGAGCUUCCAGGGCCGCAGCCGCCUCCUGGGGGCCCUGGGCCUGCGCAACUGCACCCUCUUGCUCAGCAACCUCAGCCCCGAGCUGGGCGGCAAGUACUACUUCCGCGGGGACCUGGGGGGCUACAACCAGUACACCUUCUCCGAGCACAGCGUCCUGGACAUCAUCAACACCCCCAACAUCAUGGUCCCCCCAGAGGUUGUGGCAGGCACAGAAGUGGAGGUCAGCUGCAUGGUGCCUGACAACUGCCCCGAGAUGCACCCGGAGCUGAGCUGGCUGGGCCACGAGGGGCUCGGGGAGCCGGCUGUGCUGGGGCGGCUCCGCGAGGACGAGGGCACCUGGGUGCAGGUGUCGCUGCUGCACUUCGUGCCCACCAGGGAGGCCAACGGCUACCGGCUGGGCUGCCAGGCCUCCUUCCCCAACACCACCCUGCAGUUCGAAGGCUACGCCAGCCUGGACGUCAAGUACCCCCCGGUGAUUGUGGAGAUGAACUCCUCGGUGGAGGCCAUCGAGGGCUCCCACGUCAGCCUGCUCUGUGGGGCCGACAGCAACCCGCCGCCGCUGCUGACCUGGAUGCGGGACGGCACGGUGCUCCGGGAGGCGGUGACGGAGAGCCUGUCCCUGGAACUGGACGAGGUGACGCCCGCGGAGGACGGCGUCUACGCCUGCCUGGCCGAGAACGCUUAUGGCCAGGACAACCGCACCGUGGGGCUCAGCGUCAUGUAUGCACCCUGGAAGCCGACGGUGAACGGGACAGUGGUGGCCGUGGAGGGGGAGACAGUCUCCAUCUUGUGCUCCACACAGAGCAACCCGGAUCCCAUUCUUACCAUCUUCAAGGAGAAGCAGAUUCUGGCCACGGUCAUCUAUGAGAGCGAGCUGCAGCUGGAGCUGCCCGCCGUCGUGCCCGAGGAUGAUGGAGAAUAUUGGUGUGUGGCCGAGAACCAGUACGGUCAGAGGGCCACCGCCUUCAACCUAUCCGUGGAGUUUGCCCCCGUGAUCCUCCUGGAGUCCCACUGUGCAGCGGCCCGUGACACGGUGCAGUGCCUGUGCGUGGUGAAAGCCAACCCAGAGCCGUCCGUGGCCUUCGAGCUGCCCUCGCGUAACGUGACCGUGAACGAGACGGAGCGCGAGUUCGUGUACUCGGAGCGCAGCGGCCUCCUGCUCACCAGCAUCCUCACGCUGCGGGGCCAGGCGCAGGCCCCGCCCCGGGUCAUCUGCUCCUCCCACAACCUCUAUGGCACCAAGAGCCUGGAGCUGCCCUUCCAGGGAGCCCAUCGCCUGAUGUGGGCCAAGAUCGGGCCCGUGGGAGCGGUGGUUGCUUUUGCCAUCUUAAUUGCCGUCGUCUGCUACGUCACCCAGACGCGCAGAAAAAAGAACGUGACAGAGAGCCCCAGCUUCCCGGCGGGGGACGAGCCCCCCGUCCUGUUCAGCAGUGACUUCCGCAUCUCUGGGGCGCCGGAGAAAUAUGAGAGUGAGAGGCGCCUGGGAUCUGAGAGGAGGCUGCUGGGCCUUCGGGGGGAACCCCCAGAGCUGGACCUGAGCUAUUCUCACUCGGACCUGGGAAAACGACCCACCAAGGACAGCUACACCCUGACGGAGGAGCUGGCCGAGUAUGCUGAAAUCCGCGUCAAGUGAGGGAGCCGGGGGCAGCCCGGAUGGCCACCACCCCUUCAGGACCCUCACUGGCCCCCACUGGCUGUGGGCUUCCUUCCUCCCCAAAGUAGCGGGAGCUGGGGCAGGAAAGGGACGGGACAGGUGACAGUGAGGUCCUGGGGGCCUGGCCUCCCCCUCCCUCCCAGCUGUCCCCGCCCUGCCAGCGCCCCAGCUCCGCAUUGUGGCUCCCCUGUAACCUCCUUUAACCUCAUCUGUCUGGAGGGGAGCCCGUCUGUCCGUGUUAUUUAUUGCUACCCCUGCCUGGUCUCUUGUCCCCAUACCUGGCCCCAGGGCCUGUGCGGAGGAACACGAAAUAAAUGCCCUGAAGCCAAACACCCGUCUA